AUGGCUGCGCUGGAGCAGAGGAGGUCGCCCGCGGCCACCAGCGGGGAGGAGCCCGCCCCCGCCGCCGCGCCCGAGCGGCCGGCCCCUGCCAGGUGGAGUGUGCGCGUGUCGGCGUGGGUGGCGGCGGCGGCGGGCGCGCUGGCGCUGUGGGGGGCGACGGCGCGGCAGGUGGUGAAACGCCCGACGCUGCCCGGGGGUGCCAGCUGUUCGCCGGCUGGGGCUGCGUGCGCGGCGGCGGCGGGGCGGGGGCGGGCGGCGCCGCUCUGCCUGCCGGAGCUCGUGGGGCCGCUGGCCGCCGGCGCGCUGCUGCGAUCGCUAGGCGUGGUGCAGCUCGACCCCACCUACCAGCACGCCGCCGCCGUCGUCAGGAAGGCGGCGCUGGCCGUGAUCCUGAUCCGCGCGGGGCUGGGGCUGGACGGCGCGGCGCUGCGCCGCCUCUUGGCGCUGGUGCUGCGCCUGGCGGUGGUGCCGUCGGCCGUGGAGGCCGCCACGCUCGCCGCCAUCGCGCACCUGCUGCUGGGGCUGCCCUGGCUGGCCAUGAUGGCUGCCGUGUCUCCUGCCGUGGUGAUCCCCGCCCUCUUCCGGCUGCAGGCGAAGGGCUACGGCACCGAGAAGGGCAUCCCCACGCUGGUCGUGGCCGCCGCCAGCCUCGAUGACGUCAUCGCUGUCACGGCCUUCGGGAUCAUGUACGGCAUCGUCUUCGCGGACGGUGAGCUCUCGGCCACCUUUCGGGGAGGAGGUGGCACACGAAAACCUUUUCCUUCCGCG